AUGGGACUUCAACAACAACGAUUUCAAUGGUUCAAUUCCUCUCGGACUAGGAAACUGUUCGAAAUUGGAAACCUUCCGUGCGGCUUCAAUACUCUUUCUGGAACUCUUCCUAGUGAUCUCUACAAAGCUCAGGCUCUUCAUGAAAUUUCGUUACCUUCCAAUCAGCUUUUCGGUCACAUUAGUGACAACAUUGUCAACCUCACCAGCCUCACAAUCCUAGAGAUCUACUUCAAUCAUUUGAGUGGCGUACUUCCUCUCCACAUCGGGAAGCUCCCCAAAUUAAAACUCAUGCUCCUUCAUCUCAACAAUCUUGAAGGUCCUCUGCCCCCAUCUUUGAUGAAUUGCACUAACCUUAUCGAACUCAAUCUUGGAUUCAACCGUUUCGAUGGAAAUAUCUCGGAGCUAAAUUUUUCCGAACUUGGUCAACUUAUCAAACUUGAUCUCGUGAGUAAUCACUUCUCUGGCGCCAUGCCAAAAAGCCUUUACUCAUGCCAGUAUCUGAAAGCAGUUCGCCUGGGCGGUAAUGAUCUAGAGGGACAAAUACAACCCGAGAUUGUUUCGUUGAAAUACCUAUCCUUCCUCUCGCUUGGUAAAAACAGACUCACCAAUGUCACCAGCGCUAUACAUAUAUUGAUGCGUUUGGAAAGUCUCAGGGUGGCCUUACUUUCAUAUAGUUUUCUAGGUGAAGAACUGCCGGAGGUUGAUGCAAUGAUUGGUUCUGAGUUUCAAAAUCUCCGCCUUUUUGGCUUAUCGAACUGCCAACUUAGAGGUCAUAUUCCGGUGUGGAUGUCAAAGCUCAAGAAACUCAAAGUCCUUGAUUUGUCUUCUAACAGACUCACAGGCUCAAUACCUCCUUGGUUGGGAAGUCUUCCUAGUCUUUUCUUCAUAAGCUUGGAGAACAACUCUCUUUCAGGGGGACUUCCAAAGGAGCUUUUCUCACUUCAAGCUCUUGUAUCUGAGAAGCCUUCCGCUCAAAUGGAUAGUGGUGAUGUCGAACUACCUUUCUACACACAGCGCACGAAGGAAAUUGUGGCACCGGUGCUGCAGUACAAAUAUCUGUCCAACGUGCAGCCCUCUGUUGUCUUCCGAAAUAACAGUCUAAGUGGCAACAUUCCCAUUGAGAUAGGCCGGUUGCAAAACCUUCACGAGCUGGAUCUCAGUUUCAACAACAUCGUUGGCAGCAUCCCGGACCAGGUAUCUAAGCUCACAAACUUGGAGAGAUUAGACCUCUCAAAAAACCAUCUGUCGGGUGGAAUCCCAACUUCACUAUCAAGCCUUCAUUCCUUGGCUUCACUUAGUGUUGCAUACAAUAACCUAUAA